AUGCUCCCAUCCAUCCAUGAAUCUGCUGUAUGCAAUGCAUGUAUCAGUGUCACAUCAUUUUCUCUUCUUUUCAGAUCAUUGAACAUGUAUGAUAAUCUUGGAAACCCAUCUGGGGUGCCAAGACCACCAGUUAGUACACCACAAACUCCAUUUGGGAAUCCAUUUUAUGGUGCCAGUUCAGGACUAAUCAGAGGUGGACUUGGUGCCUAUGGAGAAAAAAUCUUAGGUUCAAGCUCCGAAUACGUGCAAAGUAAUAUUAGUAGAUACUUCUCUGAUCCACAAUAUUAUUUCCAAGUCAACGACCAUUAUGUGAGGAACAAAUUGAAGGUUGUUCUAUUCCCCUUUCUUCACAGGGGUCAUUGGACAAGAAUUACUGAGCCAGUAGGGGGUAGGCUAUCAUAUAAGCCUCCCAUUUAUGAUAUCAAUGCUCCAGAUCUGUAUAUCCCAUUAAUGGCUUUUGGUACAUAUGUUGUUCUUGCUGGCUUCUCAUUGGGACUUCAAGGAAAGUUUACCCCAGAAGCAUUGAACUGGCUGUUCAUGAAGGGAAUAGUGGGUUGGUUUUUACAGGUUUCACUUCUAAAAAUGUCGUUAUUUUCAUUGGGUGGUGCAGAGGCACCUCUGCUGGACAUCGUAGCUUACGCUGGGUAUGCGUUCGCUGGAUUAUGCCUGGCGGUUUUUGGCAGAAUCAUCAUGUCCUACUCCUACUACUUCUUGAUGCCAUGGACUUGUCUCUGUAUGGGAAUCUUUUUGGUGAAAACAAUGAAACGUGUCCUUUUCUCAGAGGUUAGAAGUUUUGAUUCCAGCAGGCAUCAUUAUCUGCUGCUUUUUAUCGCGUUAGCACAGUUUCCCCUCUUUGUUUGGCUUGGGAACAUUACCGUUAAUUGGCUUUUUUAGAAUAAUUGUUUAGUUUUUUGAUGUAAAAUAGGUGACUUUUUGGUUGUGGUUUUUGCUUUGUUGAAUGCAUAGAGAAUGCUAUUUAUACAGCAACAAGUUGUUACAUUUGUAGUGGAGUAUGUAAAAGGAGACUUGCAUUA